GCUUGGUGAGAGGGAGUUGCCCCUCUUUUUAGGGUGUUUGGAUUCCUCCUUCCCUUAAUCUACUUGCCUUGCAUCUACUUCUCAGUUGAGGACCAAAAGCACUUACGAUUGUUAGGAAGAGAUUUGCGAUCUUUACAGGUGAGUGCGUGUAUUUCUUCUAGAUAUACUGACGUAUCUCUUCGGGGCUAUGAGGAGCUCCACCUUCGGCAUUGUUGGCUUGUCGUCGAGCUGGAUUGAGCUUGGUUCUGGGCUGUCAAAAAUACUGCCCAGGUGUUUGUUUAAGCUGUUGGCUUCAUAUUCGAUUUUCUUAUUUCCUUGAAUUCUCUCCCCUGACUUACUUUAUCAUGAUGCCAUAUUGAUAGCUACUCACCACCCGACUUCUCUAAACGCUUUAUACAGACACGUCAUCAAACUAAUAUCCCACACCUCCUAGUCGAACGGAGCAAAUCAAUUCUAUACAUCAUGUCAUAUAACCAAGGGUACGGAGACAGCGAUCGCCGUGGUGAGGGUGGCUACGGCGGAGGCAGCUACGGCAGAGACGAGCGCCGUGACGAUUCCUACGGGAGAGACGAGCGCCGUGGUGAGUCCUAUGGCAGGGAUGACCGUCGUGACGACCGCCGCGACGAGCGCCACGAGCGCCACGAGGACCGCCGGGAUGAUAGGGAAGGAUACCAAGGUCAAGGUAGCACCUAUUCAGGAGGUGGAAGGGACGACAGACGCGAUUACGACCGCGACGAGCGUCCUGGUGGGGGGUAUGGAGGCGGUGGUUACGAGGAGCCCCACAGAGGUGGCUACGAGGGACGUGAUGAGCGUCGGGAGGAGCGUCGUGAUGACCGUCCCAGCGGCUACGGACAAGGCGGGUACCAGUCCGGCGGGCACGACGAGCGUCCAGGGGGUUAUGGAGGCCGUGAUGAUCGUCCCAGCGGCCAGUAUGAAUCUCAUGGCCUUUCAGGCGGGUAUGGUGAACGUCGAGAAGACCGCCGUGAGGACCGCAGUGAGGACCGUCGUGACGACUCCCGCUACGACAACUCCACCUACGGCGGUGGCGGUUCAACCGGCGGGAAUUACUACGACCAGUCUCAGCGAUUCGACGAUAAGCCUGGUCAAGGCCGUCACUCUGGCGGAGGAGGUCAGUACUCAUCUACAGGUACUUCGUAUGGCGGUGGGGCCGGGUACGGCUCGUCCGAUGACUUCUCCGGCGCAAGCCAGUAUGCCAGCAACGAAGCGGGCAAUUCCGGAGACUCGAAUCUGUUCAGCAUGGCGCUUGGGCUGCUAUCCGGCAAGAAGGAUAAGCUGAAAGACGAGGAUGUCGAUGAGGACGACGCCGUCCAGCAGCAUCGGAAGUUCUAUGGCAGUGGAGGUGGGAGCCAGGAACAGGCGAGCUCGAAUAAUGUGGGUGCGGCGGCCGCCAUGCAGGCGCUGAAGAUGUUUACGAGUUCGAAAGAGGAUAAGGGGAAGGGUGGGCAGAAUGAGUUUAUUGGGAUUGCCAUGGCGCAGGCGGCGAAGCUGUUUGAUCAGCAGAGUGCGGAGGGAAAGACCAAACCCGAGGCGACAAAGCAAGAUGCCAUUGCCCAGGCGGCUCAGAUGGCACUGAAGCUGUAUUUGAAGUCCGAGAUGGGCGGUGGCAGUGGUGGUUCUUCUGGCGGAAGCGGUGCUUCUGGUCUGCUCAAUCUGGCCAGCAAGUUCUUGUCCAAGUAAAUCGAGAGACGAGAGAUCCCAUGUUUCCGAACAGGAAACGAUCUGAGGCUACAACAGGCAUGAGUGUAUGAAGUAAGGGGAAAGUAGCAAAGCGGGAUCAACACAUGUCUCAUGAAACAGAUACGAGGACCAUAAACUGCAUGUUACAAUGAUGUCUGGAAACCUCUGAGGUUCAAUGAGCG